AUGAGUCACACGGAGAGCAUUCUGCCACACCUCAAGAAAUGCCUGGAGCAUAUCGAGGAAGUGUCGACCGAUUUUGCCGCCGACUUGCAGGGGGUACUCCAUCGCUACCAUAUGCUCGUCCAACUAGCGAUGCUCCAAGGCAGCGGCGGGGAAACGAACGGCGUGCAUCAGCGCUAUCUCGACAAAUGGACUCAACAUGUCACUGAGAAGCAUAAUCGCAAUGGCAAGGAAUUUCCCACAUCUGAAGAUAUCUGGCGAGAAAUCGUCGCCAAUAAUAUCUGGUGGGGCCGUGAUGAUCCUUGGAGGAAUCACCUCGUAUCACAGUCGGGACAAAUGACACUGCGCUCUAUACUUUGGACACUUGAAGCUCCUGUAAUGGCUGACCCAAAAUACAAGGAGACUGUUGAUAGCAUCGUCGCGAGGCAACCUCGAUUUCAAGAUCAGCCGGCAGACUUAGUGAAUCUCUCUAGCGAGGAUAUUCUGCCACCUCUCACCUACGCUCUUCGCCCGUAUUUGCAGCACGAAGACGCCCUCCUCGGCAUUCUCCGUAUGUUCGCAAUCAUUACAACGAUGUUGGUAAGCGCGUUCCAAUGUACGGGCUUCCACCCCUCCGCUAUCUACUGUCGCAGCGCUGAAGACCAUAUGGUGAACAUGUACAGCUCAAUGGUAUCCGACCCCUUGAGUCCCGUGUCUUUGGAAGGACGUCGGCACCUUGCCGAUAUAAAUAUCCGUGGAUUGUUGUGGCUGCUCUUCUCAUACGGAGAGCACAUAGUUGCGACGUUCGGGGGCGAACAUCUAGGCUGGUAUAUGCACACCAUGCUUCUAGACUACGCAAGUGGUCGUUAUGUUACCGACGAUGAGGAUCGCACCGUGCUAAGGAGGGUGAUGUCGCAAUGCUUUGGCUGGGUUCCUCCUAAUCUACGGGAAGACCGCCCAGUAGUGAACUACACUCCGGGGGUUUUCUACGACCGAUAUUCCUUUCGGAUACAAGAUCUGCAGAACCAUGAUACAGAUCCGGAGCAACUAGAGGACAUCGAGUUUGAGCCAGUUGGAGAGCCGCUAAAUCCCUUGGACUACGGGAGUACGGCAGAAGGGAAUGCAAUAGAAGGGUCCUGCACCAUCUGUCUUGAGGAUUACGGGAUUGAUACACUGGUUGAGUUCGCCUGCAAGCACACUUUCCACCUGCGGUGUGCGACGGAGCACAUCAACGAGAUCCACGGUUAUUCCAACAAGUGCCCGAACUGCCGUCAGGAGAUUUGCUCCCCGAGGCCGAAGCAGCGAAAACAGCGAAUAAUCCUGUCGAUAGUGGCUCCGCUAGUACUUAAAACGGGGCCCAAGCUAGGGGAUCCUAUUUUCUUCCCGCCAACUGACGAUCGGAACCAUUAUCUGAAUAUGGAGACUUACACCCCGAUUCCGGUCUUCACACUGACGUUCAAAGCGAAUGCCGACCGCAACUUCCUCACUACGCAGCAAACUAUCUGGGAGCUCACGGAAUUAGUCUUCUCAGCAUGGCUUGCACGCCAGCAGCGCGGGGCUAGUACGCGCCAUCGGGGCUACCGGCGCUGCCAUCGAAUAUUCAUGGACCCGGACUACAACGAUGACGAAGUAAAUCCCCACUAUGAGGCACAAUGCAAGAUAGUACGGGCGGCCUUUCGCGAAGCCAUGUCACGUCUGAACAUUAACUUCCGUGAAGUUUGGAAACAGCUUAUUCGUAAUGCCCCUCGGAUGGGAGGUGGGAUAAUGCCUGAACGCAGCGGGAUGGAGUAUACUGGAAAGAGGGAUUGGGAUAAUCGGUGGGUCAUUGAGUGUGCGAUACACCCUGAAGCUGAUACGGAUGGUUCUCUCCGACCGUGGCUGGCAAAAUACCUAGAUCAGUUUCCACCACUUCGGAUAGUUGCGAGUGACGCUGUGCAACAGUCGGGCGAGGCUGGUCCUACAAAUAAAUUCCCGGGGCUCACACGCUCGCUCCAGGGGGUAUGUAUUUCACCAGCUGGGUUUUCGGAAGAGGAGACUCAGUUUCUCCGCGAAACGUACAGUCGUACUCAGCCUGAGGUAGAAAGGACAACAUUCCCGCUGGAGCCGAAUACGCUAGAUCUCGUUGCAUGCUUUGCCAAGUACCAGUCGCAGUAUUAUGAUGACAUUUUCCACAUCCUCUACCAGUACUUUCGUAUUGGCAUGAAUGCGGUAGAUGCUUUUCGGUGGUGCUACAACGGCGAGCAUUUAGAACAUCAAGCUAUCGAGAUCUGUCGAGAUCUGACACAUGAGUUGAUCGCGAAUACUCUGGAAGACCCUUACGCAGACGUCAAGCGCCACAACACGGAUGGGCGUACAUCUUCCCGGAUUCCUAUCUCCUCGACGGCUAAGAAGGUCAUUGCAGACAUGAAUGCCGAGGGCAACUUUGACUUUCUUAUCGAGAAUGUCGUCCUUGACUUCUCUGAGCAGGGCUACGCAAAUGCAACUUACGGUUGGCGGAUGUACUACUGGCUCAUCAACGCUGCAACGGCCAUUGAAGGCCCUGAGAUUAGCUUCACUGUCGCGAGCAUCAUUAGGAACCAUUUUCGGCUUGAUGGCCACGAAGUCCAGUUAGACUUCCGUCCACCCGGUAUGGAGUUCGAAAUGGGGGAGCUGUUCGGAGAGAAUGAGGACUUCUUCUACGACCUAGGAGACCUAGAAUACUCAAACGUGGAAGUUGAGGCUUAUGGGCCGCGUGUUCAUCCACUGGACGUCGGUGCAAUUAUCUCAGAGACAGUGGGAUCCAUGUGUGUAAUAUGCCUAACGCAGUUCGGAGACGAGGACGAUGAUCAAGAGCCACAGCUCAAAGACGUUCUCCAGCUAGAAGGCUGCAAGGAUGUGUUUCAUCUCCACUGCAUCGACACUUUUCUUAACUGCGCGCACCCGGGGAUGGAUACGCAGCCAUGCGUCAAGGCAUAUGGUGUCACUUUUAUGGACCGUAUAAAACUAUACUUAGAGCGGAGAUUGUAA